CUGUGACACAUCUGAGGUUGAAAUGACCUGAUGAGUUUGUGCACAACGUGUUGGAAGGCAGUUCCUCUGUGAGACUCGGUUGGACCAACAAACACAGCCUACUUCUCUCCAGAGAAACCUCAAGCAGAGUCUACGAGGGAGUCGGAUCGAAAGCUUCCUUUUCAUCAUCUCACAGAAUAGAGUACUGCAUCCGGCAAUGAAAGUGACAUUGAGAAUCAUGUUGUGCUUGUCAAUCAUACUGAAUGGUGUACGUUUGGGAGAGUCCCUGGGUGUAUCACUGAAGAGCUUAUCAGUGAAAGUGGGCGAGGAUGCCACACUGGACUGCACUCUGUCCACUAACUGUAGCAUGGCCACUGUGAGCUGGUACAAGCAGAGUCAAGGAGAGAGGCCCGAACUGGUACUCAGCUACCACCUGACCAACACCUCCCAUGUGCUCUACGGCCAUGGCUUCCAUCCCAACAAGAUCACUGUCCAGACCAAUGAUAGCAGGCCACUUCACCAGCAUCAGUUACUGAUCCAUGGAUCUAAAGAGAAUGACAUGGCUGUUUAUUUCUGUGGACUAACAGAAGGAUUUGAAAGAACAACUGAUUUGUAGAGACGAAUGUGAGGUGUACUAUGUAAUCACACUGUACUGUAUCUACAGGCUACUCUGUAUUGGUCUUCCAAAGCAACUCCUAAUAAACUCAAGUUGAUGUUG